UGAUGGUGUUUUAGUUUGUUGCAACAAACAGUCGGCCACUUGAAACAUCCUUUAAAUUGUGCAGUCUUUGGAAUUGUUUUCAUUUCAGUUUUAUAGAUGAGUCUUGUGGAAUCUGCAAAUGGGUUCAAAUCGGCGACUGCAACAGGAGCGGUACAGGAGAGCAGCAACUGGUUCGUUCGCCUCGCCGCGGGUGCUGCUGCUGCAACACCUACAACCGACGGAGGAGAACGGGCUAACUGACACAAUUCACUUGUAAUCUUGGUGGAAUAACGUCCGUUGAGCUGCUUUUACACCUUUUUAAAGGCUGUACAAUACUUGGACAGGAGAUCUUCGCCAAUGGCAAGUCCGGUUGCAGACAUAGGACAGUCUCAUCAGCAUCACCCUGUGACCAACUCGGCCGCCGACUCCGCGUUUCAGGAGGCGCAGACAUGGAUAGAGGCUGCUACAGGAAGAUGCUUUGGUGACAAAGACUUCAGAGGAGGUUUGGAGAAUGGGAUUUUGCUAUGCGAGUUGUUGAGCUCUAUUAAACCCGGCCUGGUGAAGAAAAUAAACAGACUUCCGACACCCGUAGCUGGCCUGGACAACCUCAGUCUGUUUCUGCGUGGCUGUGAAGAGUUGGGACUGAAAGGUUCCCAGCUGUUUGACCCUGGAGACUUGCAGGACACGUCGACACGCCCCACUGCCAAGGGAAGUGACUGCAGCCAAAAGCUCAAGAAUGUUCUAAUCACCAUCUACUGGUUGGGUCGUGCUGCUAACAGCUGUACCUCCUACAACGGUCCCACGCUGGACCUGAAAGAGUUUGAGGGCCUGCUUUCACAGAUGCGAAAGGAGGCAGAGGAGGCAGAGAGCCCUCAACGCAGCGUCCGGGACAGUGGCUACAUCGACUGCUGGGACUCUGAGCGCAGCGACUCUCUCUCCCCACCACGCCACGGCCGCGAGGACUCGUUCGACAGUCUGGACUCCUUCGGCUCACGCUCACAACAAACCCCAUCGCCGGACGUCCUGGUCGCCCGCGGCAGCAGUGAUGGCCGCGGCAGUGACUCAGAGUCCGAUGGUCCCCCCCACAGAAAGAUACCUGACAUACGUAAGGAUGACAUGUUGGCACGUCGGACGUCCAUCAGCGAACCACGAACAGCCAUGCCUUUCAACCAGUACCUGCCAAACAAGAGCAACCAGAGUGGAUAUUUGCCCACUCCACUCCGCAAGAAGAAGAACGAUAAAGAAGAUGGAGCACGCAAGAGUUGGAGUACUGCUACUUCACCUGUAGGGGGAGACAGACCACUCAGUCCAAAUGAGCUCCCUAGCUUAGACGACCCACCUGGAGAGUCCCCCAGCUUGUCCGCUACCCCGCCCCUUCAACCCCAGAUACAGAUUCAGAAGAAGAACCAGACUAAAAAGGACGAUGAGGAAGGGAAGCAGACUGCCUCUACACUUUGCCUUGAGAUCCAUGCAGCAGGCUUAAGGAGGAGCAGUGAGCCUCUGCCAUGUAGAGUCCCCCAACCCUGUGCAGAGCCACCCAUGGUGAACGUAACUCACCUGAUCAUCACCUCUGAGCAAAGUAUUCGCUCGUGCUCAGAGGAACUCUUCCACCAUUCCACGACUCUAGCAGCAAACACUGCAGCAACCCCCGCAGUUGCAGCAAUCCCCAUCAUCACCCCCGGGAAGCAUCCACCUGUGCUGGAGCAAGAGGAGGCGGCUGUGACAAAGGGAGCCACUGGUAUCCUAUUAGUCGCAGAACGAGAUGAGAAGCUGGCUCGCCAAAUGCUGAUCUCUCCCAAACACAUCAGUAUUCAGAGUCCCCCCCACUUCCUUUCUGUGCCCACUACCGUGGCAACUGGUACAACAGCAACAACUGAUACAGGACGACGGAAGGGAAGGGCGCUCAGUGAAAGUGACGACCCACAAGGAGGGAACUCUUGGUUGGCAAGCAGUCUUCCAGCAACAUUCAGCCGCACACAUAGUGUGUCAGAUGAUCCACAGAGUGUAAGUAUGAUCGAUAUGCGUGGUGAGGAGGAGGCCAUCUUGCAGCCCCACAGUCAGGUGCGUCAUGAGCUGAUGCACAACCAGUAUAACAGGAUGAAGGAAGAGGACGAUCACUGGCAGGAUGACCUGGCCCGAUGGAAAAAUCGGAGGAGGAGUAUUUCCCAGGACUUAAUCAAGAAGGAGGAGGAGAGGAAGAUGAUGGAGCAGUUGCUGUCUGGAGACACCUGUACCUCCAUGAGGAGGAGAAGCAUCAAGACUUACAGAGAGAUAGUGCAGGACAAGGAGCGUCGUGAGGAUGAGCUGCGGGAUGCAUACAGGAGAGCCAGAACCCCAGAGGAGGCUUCAUUCAUCCUCCAGCGUUAUGCCCAGCGUUUCUCCAUCAGUGAUGCAGUCCUGGAACGCCUACAGUUGCCAAAGAUCCUGGACCGCAGCCUAUCUGCUGAUCCCUCCUUCUCCGGCUCACCCUUCCCUCUCUCCCUGUCCACCUCCCCAACGACCCCAGACCCCUUUGACAUGGACCCCAACGGACCCAUGAAGUAUCUGCGCCAGCUGUCUGCCCCAGCUCCAAAGUUCACGUCUACACUGGAAGCGCAAAUCGAGGAGUUUCCCAAAGACUCUUCAAACCAGCGGCCUCAGAUUCGAUCUCGCUCGUCUGAGCCGCCAUCUACCAGAAACCUGUCGCCUAAACCUGUGCCUUUGCUGACGCCCAGGCCUUACUUCCAUUCCGGACCUACAACGGCUGAACCAUGGCCCAGCAAGGCGGAUGGUUUUCUCCGAGUCAACGGCAUAGGAAGUGACGACUUUCUUUCCACUACUGACAGUCAAGGAAGGGAAUCUCCUCCUCAUUUUCAGGCAUCCGCUUCCAAAACCAGCAACAGCACUGUAGAUGCUCCGUCGUCAGCAGCCUUACCAACAUGCAGUACACACACCUCAACAAGAGAAGAAAGCGCUGUGUCAACAAAGGCCAAGGAGGCACAGUGUGGCACAGAACCUGUUUCUAAGGACGUCCAAGCCGAGAAAGUCAUUCAGCAUUCGACACCACCCAGCCGGCCCACCUCGCUGCCAUCGGAGCUGCAGAAGCCAGAAGAAAGCAUUGGGAAGACUGAAAGCCAGUCAGUAGCUGCUCCAGAGGUGAAGUCAAGUGCUGCAGCUCAAGAAAUGCCUCUUGCAGAAGCCAAACAAGAACAAGACAUAACUGAACCAUCUGGUCAAAGCAUCUGCAACCUUGUCCAGUCAGGGAUCAGCACACAGCAAAGUCAGCCGGUAACUUUACAGGCAAGUGUUCCUAGUUUCCACGAGUUCCAACAGCGAAGAGAGAAUGCACCAAGCUUAGCUGCACCAGGAUCAUUUGAGUAUCACCCACCAAGGGAAACGACAGCCGAGUUUGCAAACAGUGUCAGGUCUCCGCUGACAACCAGCAACCCUAAGUUACGCUGGGAGUUCUUCGUUCCGCCAGAAGAGACGGAGAAGGAUUGCCGUGGCAACGUGUCAGUCCCGGUGUUGCCCCAGGCCAGGCGGGGUGACCGCUGGUCUUGGGACCCGGAUGAGGAGCGAAAGCGUCAGGAAAGGUGGCAGCAAGAGCAGGAGCGCAUGCUGCAGGAGAAGUACCAGUGCGAGCAGGAGAAGCUGAAGGAGGAGUGGGAGAAAGCACAGAGGGAGGUGGCGGAGGAGGAGAGGAAGUACCACGAGGAGGAGCGUAGGAUACUGGAGGAAACUGUGACGCCUCUAACUCCCCGCUCCUCAGCUCUGCCCUCCCCCAGCCGAGGCGAGGUCUCCUCUAGCUCGGAGCCCCAGGACACCAUCGUCCGUUCACUUGGUGACUGGGAACGCAAACAGGAACUGCUGGAGAGGCACUCGAAGGCAAGCACAGAGAGUGUCGAAUGGAAACGAAGAGAAAACGACAGGACCAGUGAUAUCAGCACCGCUGAUGACAGCAUGAAAACAGGCAGAAGCUUGGGGAGUCAGAGCAGCAGUCAGCCGGAGACACUCGGUCACAGUCUGCACAACGGCCAAAAACUCCCUGCGAUGCCGAGCAAAACCUCGACUCCUGUCAAGAAACAAGAAGAACUUUCAGCAGACAGCAACAAGCCCAACCGGCCUGCAGGAGACAGGAGGAGUGAUCCAGUAGAUAAUAUCAUGUGCCCCAGCUCAUCAAAAAGCCCCACAGCAUGUCCACCACCUCCAGACACACUGCCUCCAACACCUAACAGGUCUGUCAGUGGGAAGAAACUGUGCUCCAGCUGUGGGCAGCCGUUAGGGAAGGGGGCCGCCAUGAUCAUAGAGACCCUCAGUCUUUACUUCCACAUUCACUGCUUUAAGUGCGGCGUGUGUAAAGGACAGUUAGGCGACACGACCACGGGGACGGACGUCCGGAUCAGAAACGGUCUCCUCAACUGCCACCAGUGCUACAUCCGCUCCCGCUCGGCCGGACAGCCAACCACGUUGUGACGCUCAACAGAAAAGCACACGGUUCAUGGAAGAAACCCCAUCCCUGUUUUAACCCGAUUAUCUACAAAUCAUGUCCUUCCCAGCGUAUUGGGGUCUUUGCAUCCUCUGCAGCUCAUUAACCAAUGAAGAUCAGUCAGGGGGGGGGGGCGGCAAAUAAGGGAUCUGGGGACAGUGAAACGUUUAAAAAAUAUACAUAUAUUCUUCAUGUUUAUGUCAUCUGAUAUGUGAGUGAAAGCUGGAUUUGAUUGGUCCACGUACUACCACAGACUCUGUUUCAUCGUGCAGAGAGAGAGAGAGAGAGAGAGACUGUUCUGGGGUGGCAGCCAUAUUGAAAACAAAAGACUACAACAUUAACAGAUGCUAGAAACAGAGAUAAUGUUAACGUCCUAUAUUGUCAGAGUGAACACAAAAGAAAAAGAAUAUGGUGUUCAUGUCUUUAAGGCGGUGUAGUAAAAUUAGGAUUUAUUUUCCUGUUGGAAAACGUUGGAAAACGUUAGAAUAUGUGCCAUUCAAUUCCAUAUGAUGGAAAUUCAGAACAUCACAUAGUUAAUAAAUUACUUUUUUAUCAUUUGAGAAAGGUUUUCUUUAUUUGGAUUAAAAUCCAAAAGCUAGAAAGACCUAAAUAUGUGGUUAGGAAGCUCAGGUUGGAUUUUGUUAUUUCUCUAAACAGAAUGGAUCUGAAAAAUAUUAAUAAUUAAAUUCCCCUUUUAAUUGAGUGCUAGAUAAAAGACAAAAUAUAUACAAAAACAUUUAAAAAGUGCAGUAAAGGUCACUACGAACCCAAGAUUUAGAACAACAGGCAUAUCUAAAGUAAGUCACUAUUUUUCCUACAGAACAAUGUAUCUUGUUAUGUACUCCUAAAAAAAAUUAGCCUCUAAUAUAAACACAUAUUGCAGAUGUAGUUUCAUCUUUAGGGCGAUAGCAUGACUCUUGAGCUGUUUUUGUGCUUUGGGUCACAGCAGGUUGCUCCUCGGCCAGUCGGUCCGCUUGGAAAGUCAGGACUAUAAUGUGCCUUAGGAAAGCAAGAUGAUGCAGGAGAAAACACACCAGCUGUAUGGUGUUAUAGUUCUCUUUUUCAUUUGUAUGGGUGUCGGGAGGGAUUUGGCCAAAUUUUAACCCUUAAAUUGCAGAAAGACGGGGUGCAGCCCUCCCUUACAUCACGCUUUACUUCAGUACUGCUUAUUUUACAUGAACAACACCCUUAAUUUCAUAUUUCCCCCGUUAUUCCUCAGUGAUUUGUAGUGAUAACAACCAGUGCAAAGGAAUACAUUUGUCAUCUAUUUGGAAAAAAAUAUACUGCAGGGCAAACAUGGAUUUCAUUUUGAAUGUUUUAUUCUAGAGAGAUAUAGACUUCUCUACGCUAUUAAUUGAGGUCAUUUUGAUAAUAGCUCAGUGGUAGGAUUCAUUAAUAAAAUUACAAAACACAAAAUUCACCGGUUCAUGUUGUAUCUAGUAAAAAAGCAAAGGUAAAAUGAACACUCAUACCAGCAGCUGUUGCACCUGUGCAAUAUUUGGCUGGAUUAAAACUAAAGAUCUGUGCCGCCAGCUGGGCAUUUUAGCUCACUUGCUUCUUUUUUUUUUAAACUUGUAUGAGAGAAGCUCGGUUAUGUAUUGUGGAUGU